AUUAAUGAUAGAUUAAAUAGAAAAGAAUAAAACAUUAGAUAAUUUCAAAAGAUACUUUGGAGCUACGCGAUAAAUUUCCGGCAGCUUUUAAAGUGUUCACACGGAAAAUAAAUAAUUUCUUAUAAUAUAAUCUAUUUUUAAUAGUUUCUUAUAGUAUAUUUCGAUUGAAAUACACUAAAGAUGGGAGAAGAUAAAAGUAUGGAAUCAUCUUCAGGAGGAGAUGAACUGUCUAAGAAGGCUCUUAAGAAACAACAGAAAGAAGCAGAGAAAGCAGCAAAGAAAGCUGAACGUAAAGUUCAAAAUCAAGCACAACAAGAAAUGAAUCAAGAAGAUGUAUCAGUUGGAAAAUAUGGAGAGAUGGGGUUGAUACAAAGUAAAGAAAAAUACUCAGAGAGAAAAUUUAUUGACAUUAAAAAUUUGAAACCUGAGCUAGAGAAUCAGACUGUAUGGCUGAGAGGUCGUUUGCACACUAGUCGUGCCAAAGGUAAACAGUGUUUUAUUGUUUUAAGACAACAAUCAUCUACAGUGCAAGGUUUGGCUGCAGUAAAUGAAACAAUUAGCAAGCAAAUGAUUAAAUUUAUAUCUAAUAUUACUAAAGAAUCAAUUGUGGAUGUAGAAGCAGUCGUAAAACGCGUGCCUUCUAAAAUUGAAUCAUGUACACAGAAAGAUGUAGAGGUUCAUAUCGAAAAAGUUUUUGUAGUAAGUGCUGCAAAACCACAGUUACCUUUACAAAUUGAAGAUGCAUCAAGACCUGUAACAGAAGCAGAUGAAAAUACUCUUAAUAUUAAAGUAAAUCAAGACACUAGAUUAGAUAAUAGAGUCUUAGAUCUCAGGACUCCAGCUAAUCAAGCUAUAUACAGAGUAGAAGCAGGCAUUUGUAAGUUAUUCAGAGACAUUCUCACAAGUAAAGGUUUUGUUGAAAUUCAUACACCAAAAAUCAUAUCUGCAGCAAGUGAAGGUGGAGCAAAUGUAUUUACGGUGUCAUAUUUUAAAGGAAAUGCUUAUCUAGCACAGUCUCCUCAACUUUACAAGCAAAUGGCGAUAGCAGCCGAUUUCGACAAAGUUUUUACUGUAGGAGCAGUUUUUAGAGCUGAAGAUUCCAAUACACAUAGGCACUUAACGGAAUUUGUUGGAUUGGAUUUAGAAAUGGCAUUCAAAUAUCAUUACCAUGAAGUAAUUGAUACUAUUGGGCAGUUAUUUACCGAGAUGUUUAAAGGUCUUCGCGACAAUUACGCUGCUGAUAUCGAGGCCGUUCGUCAACAAUAUAAUGUCGAGCCUUUCAAGUUUUUAGAUCCGCCUCUGAAGUUAGAAUUUAGCGAUGCAAUUGAAUUAUUGGCAGAAGCUGGUGUAACUUUAGGCGAAGAAGAUGAUUUGUCUACACCAGAUGAAAAACUGCUGGGUAAACUUGUCAAGGCAAAAUACGAUACUGACUUUUAUAUCUUGGAUAAGUAUCCGUUGGCAGUGAGACCGUUUUAUACAAUGCCGGAUCCUAAUAAUCCUAAAACAUCGAAUUCUUACGAUAUGUUUAUGCGCGGUGAAGAAAUUAUUUCAGGAGCGCAACGUAUUCACGAUCCUGAACUUCUUACCGAACGUGCGAAACAUCAUGGAAUUGACUUAGAAAAGAUAAGGUCGUAUAUCGAUGCGUUCAAAUACGGUUGCCCUCCUCAUGCCGGUGGUGGGAUUGGAAUGGAGCGUGUUGUUAUGUUGUAUCUUGGUUUAGAUAAUAUUAGAAAAGUUUCUAUGUUCCCUCGCGAUCCUAAGCGUAUUACUCCAUAAAUUUUAAACUGCUUAUAUAAUGUUAUUUUUAAGUAUAUAACGUAUAUAAUUGUGCAAUUAUUU